GCUUCUCUCCACGUUUAUUUCGCCAGCCCUCUCUUCAGUACAAAGAGAAAGGUAUGAAGAAAUCGGCAAGAGGAUCAGAAAACCUGACAGCAGCCUUUUUACAGUGCAGUUCUCUCCCUGCUACUUCAGUAACACAGACAGAAGCCAUCAAAACUGAUCGACAGCAAGUGGAGAAAGAAAUCCAAAUUCACACUGGAAAAAAAUGUUAUUUGGAAUGUGGCAAACAAUUCACACACAAAAGUGAUCUUAAAAGACAUAUGGACAUUCACACUGGAGAAAAACCAUAUUGUUGUCAUGAAUGUAGUAAGUCGUUCUCAAUGAUAAGCAGUCUUCAGAGGCACAGAAGAAUCCACACAGGAGAAAAACCUCAUUGUUGUCCAGAAUGUGGUGAAUCGUUCUCAUGGAGAAGUGAACUUCAAUGGCACAAAACAAUUCACACAGGAGAAAAACCUCAUUGCUGUUCAUCAUGUGGUAAGUCAUUCUCAAGCAGAAGCCACCUUCAGAACCACAGAAGAAGCCACACAGGAGAAAAACCUUAUUGCUGUCCAGAAUGUGGCACGUUUUUCUCAAGCAGGAGCAAUCUUCAGAUCCACAGAAAAAGCCACAUGGGAGAAAAACCUCAUUGUUGUCCAGAAUGUGGUAAGUCGUUCUUAAGGAGAAGCUGUCUUCAGAACCACAGAAGAAUACACACUGGAGAUAAACCUCAUUGCUGUUCAGAAUGUGGUAAGUCAUUCUCAAUGAGAAGCAGUCUUCAGAGACACAGAAGAAUUCAUCUUGGAGAAAAACCUCAUUGCUGUUCAGAAUGUGGUAAGUCAUUUUCAUGUAUAAGCUAUCUUCAGAACCACAGAAGAAUCCACACAGGAGAAAAACCUCAUUGUUGUCCAGAAUGUGGUAAGUCCUUCUCAUGGAGAAGCUAUCUUCAGAGGCACAGAAGAAUCCACACAGCAGAAAAUCCUCAUUAUUGUCCAGAAUGAGCUGAACAAUUUUCUAACAAGUGCAGUUUUCAAAGGCACACAGAAAUUGAUACUGGAGAGAAGCCAUAUUGCUGUUUUCAAUGUGGAAGAAGGUUUUAAACAUUAGCUCAUUUCAAGUAAACACACAAACUCCCACUAAAGAAAAGAUGCAGUAUGUAUGUUCUGAAUGUGGUAAAUGUUAUACAAGCCAGAAAGAUCUUUAUCCACAUGCCAAAAUCCAUACUGAAGAAAAAUCUCAUUGCUGUUCUGAAUAUGAGAAACGAUUCUUAUAUUUAAGCACACUUCAGUGCCACAUCAGAACUCAUCCGGGAGAUAAAUUUUACUGUUGUCCUGAAUGUGAUAAGCAGUUCUCACAACAAAUCACCAUAAAAAGUCACAUCAGACUUCACACCUGAGAGAAACCUCACCAUUGCUUGGAAUGUGGCAAACAAUUCUCACACCUCAGUCAUCUUUACAAUCAAAGAAGAAGUCACACUGGAGAGAAGCCUUACAGUUGUACUGAAUGUGGAAUGCGAUUCUCAUAUAACAAUUCUCUUCACAAGCAUAAAAUAAUUCUUUCUGGUAAGAAACAAAGCUCUUCUGACUGUGGCAAGCUUUUCUCAGACAGCAGGACUCCUAAAGAUCACAUGAGAAUUUACUCUGGAGAGAAACCCCAUUGCUCUCCAGAAGGUGGAAAACGAUUCUCACGUCCAAACGCAUUUAGGUGCCAUAGAAGGAUCCUCAUUGGAGAGAAGCAGUACACCUGUUCUGAAUGUGGAACAGAGUAUUCUUCCAGAAAAAGUUUUUGGAGACACACACAAAGUCACAUUGAAGUAAAGCCUGUCCCAGUGAUGUCAAAUGAUCUUU